AUGAACUGGAGAACCUCUUUAAGGCAACUACUCCUGAUGCUGCAACUGGUGUCGUUCCCGGCAGUUACUCAGGGAAAGGAGCUGGUACUGGGUGAGGCAGGCAAGAAGGUGGAGUUACCUUGCAAAGCUUCUCAGAAGAAGAACAUGCUCUUCACCUGGAAACAUUCUAAUGAGACAAGGAUUCUGAGAAACCACAUAUGGUUUCUAUUUCCAGGUCCCUCUGGGCUGAAAAGUCGCCUUGAAUGCAAAAGAAAUCUUUGGGACCAAGGAUACUUUCCUUUGAUCAUCAAGAAUCUUGAAAUGAAAGACUCAGGGGAUUAUGUCUGCGAAGUGGAGAACAAGAAGGAAGUGGUUCAAUUGCUGGUGUUUAGAUUGACUGCCAGGCCUGGAGUCCACGUACUGAAGGGCCAGAGUCUGACCCUGACCUUGGAGAGUCCCUCUGAUAGUAGCCCCUCAGUGCAAUGGAAGGGUCCGUGGGAUAAAAGCAAGAAUGAGGGCAAAAGCCUCUCAGUGUCCCAGGUAGGGCUGCAGCAUAGUGGCACCUGGACAUGCACCGCCUCCCAGAACCAGAAGACUCUGGAGCUCCAAAUAAACAUCUUGGUACUGGCUUUUCAGAAAGAGUCUCACACAGUCUAUAAGAAAUAUGGGGAGAAGGUGGAAUUCUCCUUCCCAUUAACCUUCAAAGAUGAAGACUUGAGUGGAGAGCUGAGGUGGCAGACAGAGGGGGCUUCCUCCCCCAAGUCCUGGAUCACCUUCUCCUUGAAGGACAACAAGGUGUCUGUGACAGCAUCUACACAGAACAAAUUACAGAUGAAUGAGACGCCACUGCACAUCACCCUGCCCCAGGCCUUGCCUCAAUAUGCUGGUUCUGGAAACCUGACCCUGGAUCUUACCAAGGGAAAGCUACAUCAGAAAGUGAGCCUUGUGGUGAUGAAAGUGACUCAGCUCCUAAGCAAUUUGAUCUGUGAGGUGCUGGGACCCAUCUCCCCCAUGAUGACCCUGAGCUUGCAGCUGGAGAACCAGACGGCAAAGGUCUCAAAGCAACAGAAGCUGGUGGAGGUGUCGGACCCUGAGGUGGGGACAUGGUGGUGUCUGCUGAGUGACAAUGGCAAGGUCCUGCUGAAAUCCAAGAUUGAGGUUCUGCCUAAAGAUGAGUUCCUCAGACCUCCAGUGAUGCUUCUGGCUGCAGGGCUGGGUGGUGGCAUAGGCCUUUUGCUUUUCAUUGGAUUCUGCAUCUUCUACUGUAUCAGGUCUCGGAACCGUCGGCGCCAGGCAGAGCGGAUGUCUCAGAUCAAGAAGCUCCUCAGUGAGAAGAAGACAUGCCAGUGUUCCCAGUAA